GGGCGGCCGGGUGGCGGCGGCGGCGGCGGCGGCAUGGCGGAGCCAAGCGGGGCCGAGACGAGGCCCCCCAUUCGGGUCACCGUCAAAACCCCCAAGGACAAGGAGGAAAUUGUGAUCUGCGAUCGAGCCUCGGUCAAGGAGUUCAAAGAGGAAAUCUCCCGGAGGUUUAAGGCCCAGCAGGACCAGCUUGUCUUGAUCUUUGCCGGCAAGAUCCUCAAGGAUGGGGACACACUGAACCAGCAUGGGAUCAAGGAUGGGCUCACUGUCCAUCUGGUCAUCAAGACCCCUCAGAAGGCUCAAGACCCAGCUGCUACCACUGCUUCCUCCCCCUCCACUCCUGACCCUGCCUCUGCACCCUCCACCAUGCCUGCUUCACCUGCUACCCCUGCCCAGCCCUCUACCUCUGGCAGCACCACGUCAGAUGCUGGCAGUGGAAGCCGGAGGAGCAGUGGCGGGGGUCCCUCCCCAGGAGCUGGGGAGGGACCCCCCAGUGCUACUGCAUCCAUACUCUCUGGCUUUGGGGGUAUCCUGGGGCUGGGCAGCCUGGGCUUGGGCUCCGCCAACUUCAUGGAGCUACAGCAGCAGAUGCAGAGGCAACUGAUGUCCAACCCCGAGAUGCUGUCACAGAUCAUGGAGAACCCGCUGGUCCAGGAUAUGAUGUCUAACCCUGACCUGAUGCGUCACAUGAUCAUGGCCAACCCCCAGAUGCAGCAGCUGAUGGAGCGGAACCCUGAGAUCAGCCACAUGCUUAACAACCCAGAGCUCAUGAGGCAGACCAUGGAGCUUGCUCGGAAUCCAGCCAUGAUGCAGGAGAUGAUGCGGAACCAGGACCGAGCUCUGAGCAACCUUGAGAGCAUCCCCGGAGGUUAUAAUGCCCUCCGCCGCAUGUACACGGACAUCCAGGAGCCCAUGUUCAGUGCUGCCCGUGAGCAGUUUGGCAACAAUCCCUUCUCUUCCCUGGCCGGGAACUCCGACAACUCGUCCUCCCAACCUCUUCGGACUGAGAAUCGAGAGCCCCUCCCUAACCCCUGGAGCCCCUCGCCCCCCACCUCCCAGGCCCCCGGGUCCGGUGGGGAGGGCACCGGAGGAUCGGGGACCAGCCAGGUGCACCCGACAGUCUCGAACCCCUUUGGGAUCAAUGCGGCUAGCCUGGGGUCAGGGAUGUUCAACAGCCCAGAAAUGCAGGCCCUCCUCCAACAGAUUUCUGAGAACCCCCAGCUGAUGCAGAAUGUGAUCUCAGCCCCCUAUAUGCGCAGUAUGAUGCAGACACUUGCCCAGAACCCCGACUUUGCUGCUCAGAUGAUGGUAAAUGUGCCGAUCUUUGCCGGGAACCCCCAGCUACAGGAGCAGCUCCGGCUCCAGCUCCCGGUCUUCCUGCAGCAGAUGCAGAACCCGGAAUCUCUCUCCAUCCUUACCAAUCCCCGCGCCAUGCAGGCGCUGCUGCAGAUCCAACAGGGAUUGCAGACCUUGCAGACCGAGGCCCCCGGGCUAGUACCCAGCCUUGGCUCCUUUGGGAUGUCCCGACCCCCAGCACCCUCGGCAGGCAACAACACUGGUUCCACACCUGAAGCCCCCAACUCCUCGCCAGCCACAUCUUCUCCAACAGGGACUUCCAGUGCCCAGCAACAGCUCAUGCAGCAGAUGAUCCAGCUUUUAGCUGGAGGUGGAAACUCACAGGUACAGACACCAGAAGUGAGAUUUCAGCAGCAACUGGAGCAGCUCAACUCCAUGGGCUUCAUCAAUCGUGAGGCCAACCUGCAGGCCCUGAUAGCCACAGGAGGGGACAUCAACGCAGCUGUGGAGAGACUCCUAGGCUCUCAGCUCUCCUAAUCCCUUGGCCUAGGCCUCCUGCCUUUCCCUUCCCUCCAUGCCACUGUUUGGUUCUUCUGACUACCCCCACCCUCUGGAGCUUGUCAUCCUUUCUGUUUUCUCCCUGUUCUCUCCAGACAGCAGAGUGACUUUAGAGGCAUGGGCCCCAACCCUGUAGCUCUUUCUAAGACUUUGGGUUUUACUUCUACAUCUCUUAUUGAAUCCUCCUUCCUGAUCCUCCUUGAGCACAGCUAUUUAAACAAUUUUCAGUUUGUUUGAUUGGCCCCACCUCCUUGGCCCACAAUCACCGUUUGCAGUUUCCAAAUUUCUUAGUGGCAUUGCAGAAUCAAAGGAGGAACCAAUUGUCUGGUUUACUGGAACAGGGUCUUCCAUCUGUACCAUUAGGAUUUUGCUUAUCUUAUGAUCACUUUUGGUAACUUUUCCUCUUUCUCUCCUCUGACUCCCUCUUCCAUGCAGCCUAACCUCUGCCAAGAAAAGGAGCAUUGUUAGAAUUUCACACUCUGAAGGAGGGGCAGGUGAAAUGAGCUAUCUCUGAUUUUCUUCCUCACCUCCUGUUCUAACCCAGUACUUUUUCUUGGGUUCUGUUGGGACUUACAGGGGGAGGAGGAAGACACUGUUCUCCAUGUCUGAAGGGGAAAAUGAGGCACAGCCUUCUGGACAAGAAAUGAACAAACCUGGACCAGCCAAAUGCUGAUAGGUGCUGAAAAGGAGGGAAAGAGAUUUUCUGGAGGAAGGGAAUGGGAGAGAAGGAGUUUGGAAUUGACAGGGAAUAGAAACACUAGUAGCUCUUUUAGAUGGGAGAAUUUAGGC